AUGAACGGAGUUUUUGCAAGUCCAAUAGUUUUUUCAACUGGAUCAUCUCGUCCAGUUCGGAUCAACGUAGUUGAUCUUAACAACGGCACAAUAUUUGAUAUAACGACUGUAGAUUAUGGUACAGACAGUUUAAACUUAUUUUAUGGAUAUGUUAAUGGAAGUUUUUCAUUAGCCGGUACGUACUCGACUGGUUAUGAUUCACAUCCAUAUUCUAUUGAUAUUGAUGAUCUCAACAACGGCGUAAUCUUAGAUAUUCCCAUUACCAACCAUGGAGAUUACAGUACGACUAGAUAUAAUCGUCGCGAAUUACUUAAUUACUUGAGUGCUACUGUGAGUAUACUUCUGGGAUAUGGCAACAGCUCUUUUCCCAAUCAAACAACGUAUUCAACUGACAGAUGGCCACGUCCUGUACCUAUUGGUGACUUUAACAACGAUAGACGACAGGAUAUACUCGUUGCUACUGAGCGUGACGGUACCGUAAGUGUAUUUCUCGGAUAUGGCAACAGGUCUUUUGAAAAUCAAACAACAUAUUCAAUUGGACUUUGGCCAGGCUCUGUAGCUAUUGGCGAUUUCAACAACGACACUCGACAGGACAUCGCCGUCACUAAUGCUUAUGGCAAAACUUUAAGUGUAAUUCUCGGAUAUGGCAAUGGCACCUUUUCAGAUAAAACAACAUAUUUAAUAGACACUGGGCUCACGUUUAUAAAUGUAGGUGAUUUUAACAAUGAUACUAUACUCGAUAUCAUUGUCGCUAAUCAUGGUAGUGAUAGUGUUGUUGGGGUUGGAGCUUUGAAUGGUGAUCUUUUACUAGAUAUCAUCAUGGCCAAUUAUGGAACGAAUGAUAUAGAUAUAUUGAUUGGAGAUGGUAAUGGCUCAUUCACACCUGCAGCAGAUAUGACCAGUGAUAAUGCUAAAUGUGGAAUAUCAUCACAAAUUAAUAUAAAUUCUAGUCUAGGAAGUUCAAAGGCAAUUUUUCAUGCAUGGCCAUGGGUAGCGAGCCUUCGGCAAAAAAUGUCUGGUACUGAAGCAGUACAUUUCUGCGGCGGUUCAAUUAUUGCUCCUCGACUUGUAUUAACAGCUGCACAUUGUUUUCAUAAUGUAACUAUUCCAACAGAUCCAAAUUAUGCUCGACGUUUUGGUGAAGUUCAUCUUGGUCAACUUGGUUUAACCGAACGAGGUCAACGAAUAGCUGAAUGGAUUAAAGUAAUUAUUCCUGAAAAAUAUCGUCCAUUUCGACCACAUGACUAUUCCUAUGAUAUUGCAUUAUUGAUUCUCAAUAAGGAUAUUAUUGAUAGACAAGAUUCUAUUAUAUGUUUACCGUCACAUGAUACUAUUAGUCAUGUUGGUGAUUAUGGAACUAUUGUUGGAUGGGGAAUUAAUGAUGAAACUGCCAAUGAAAUAUCGAACUAUAUGAUGCAAGUCACAGUGCCUAUUCUUGAUUCAACAAUAGACGCAUGUAAUCCGUCGAUGUUACCCCCGAAAAAUUCUACUAUGACAAUAUGUGCUGGCAUUUUAUCGGGUGGUAUUGAUGCUUGUCAAGGUAAUUCAGGUGGACCGCUUGCACAAAAAUUUAAAAAUCGUUGGUAUAAUAUUGGUAUUGUUUCUCAUGGUAUCGGAUGUGCAAGAACUAAUAGUCCUGGCUUUUAUACACGCAUAAGUGCUCAUAUUAAUUGGUUAUGCAAACAAGUCGAAAGCGAAGGAGAAGUUUUGCCUGUUUGUUUUGAUAUUAUACCAAAUUCUACAACAUAUAAAAUUCAAUCAUCUUGA